AUGAAGAGGGACCCCACAGGAGGCAGCAAAGACUCCCAAGAACAUGCCCACAACAAGGGGAGUUUUAGGGAGUAUAUUGAGCUAUUUCCUUCUGGCAGAAUUGCCAUUGCCUUGAAGGAAGAGCAAUAUGCUGAGAAAGCUCCCCACCACGCUGCCGCCACCCAGCUCACUCCUCCCACCCAGCACGCUGCCGCCACCCAGCUCACUCCUCCCACCCAGCACGCUGCCGCCACCCAGCUCACUCCUGCCACCCAGAUCACUCCCACGACCCAGCACACCGCCACCACCCAUACUUCCACCACCUCUCUCCGCUCCCUCUUGGUUACCAGGUUGCCUAACCAGAAAAGUCUGACCAAGACUGUAGAAAGGCUGGUUUCCCCCCACAAAGCCACACCUUCUUUGGCCCAAGCACGUGCGAAGCCCUCAGCCACCCUCACCCGACCGACUGCUUCCAUUGAGGGAGCCACAGGGCCCUCAGCCACCCUCACCCGACCGACUGCUUCCAUUGAGGGAGCCACAGGGCCCUCAGCCACCCUCACCCGACCGACUGCUUCCAUUGAGGGAGCCACAGGGCCCUCAGCCACCCUCACCCGACCGACUGCUUCCAUUGAGGGAGCCACAGGGCCCUCAGCCACCCUCACCCGACCGACUGCUUCCAUUGAGGGAGCCACAGGGCCCUCAGCCACCCUCACCCUCCCCACUGAGAUAGAUGACAGCACACUGCUGGCAGAGGCAACUGUGUUUGAGGAGACAUAUGUGGCAUCACGACGAGUCUGUCUUCCAGCUGGAUGGAUACACACCCUGCCUGAAAUGGAUCAGAGGUGGAUAUCCAAAGCCCUGUUCAGGUGGACAGCACAGGGGCAUCCUGAGCUGAUCUUUAGCAGGGUGGACAAACUUUGGUGGUAUCCUCCACAGGUGCCACUGAAGACCAGUAAUUCUCCUUUCUUGGAGAAUUACUUUGGCCAUCCCUUGCUGCUCUGGAUGCCAUGA